AAAAAAGAGCUGGCGCUGUUUUCUCUGGGCAGCGACCGCUAAAACCGACCGCAAAGCACCUAAAACAUGCUGCGCAUCACCCUCGUAGCUGCCCUCUUGGGCGGCGCUGCCGCGCAGGUUGGGUGCGUCGACAGCGCCGAGCCCCGCGCGUCUUUUUUCACUUCCCCCCCCGCGCAGCUCGCACCAGUCGAUGGCCGGCUACGACUCCGCCUCGGACGUCGGACCCCACGCGAUGAUCGACCUCGACAUGGAGGAGUUCGAGAAACAGGUCGGGUAUAAGACCACCGCCGGCUUCGCCGAGGCGCUCCGCAUCUACGAGUUCGGCGGCAACGGGACAUGCGUGAACGCCAACGACAACGGCGCCGGCUGCGCGGCGGGCGCCGCCUAUGGCAACUCCCGCAAGUCCGAUUCGAUCCGCACGCUCAAGGGCUUCGCGACGAAGGAUUACUCUACGGCCAAACUCCGGGGCACGGACGGAGGCAAGUACGGUGAGAAGUUGCCCCCGAUCUACGCCUGCUACUGGAACGACUGGGCGUGGGCGGACUCGUUCGUCACGAAUACCUACACGAACGUCAAAGACAACGGGCGGGCCGAGCUCAUGAAGAAGGGCGCCAACUACCAGGCGGUCUGGAUGUACGUGCUCCACGAGCUUGAGGACGCCAUCGGCGACUGCUACGCCGGUGACAUCACCGCCAACGACGCGACCCCGACCGGCGGCGCGCCGCACGCGUGGGACGAGGGCUGGGCCUUCUACGCCGGCUCUCUGGUCGCGGCGACGGCGGCCGACUCGGCCAUGGAAGGCACGGGCCUUCAGAAGGAGGGCACGUUGAUUUGGGAGCUCUCGGAGAAGCGCGGGAAAGACUUCGGCACCCUCGACACCACCGGUCCGUCCAAGGCGAACGUCGGACUUGUUACCGAUUUCAAGAGUGGCCGCGACAAAAUCAUUGCCGCUGACUGCGCCGGUGCCGAGCCCGUCAUCGAUGAUAUUAUCAAGAAGAUGACGAUCCCGCUCAUCCAGGGCACGAUCAAGUACGCGUGGAAGGCGGACCCGGCGAACGCUGGCGACUGCUCCGCCGACGCCGGCAAGACCGCCCUGACCGCCAGCGACGAUUGCGUCAAGUCGUGGACCGAGGGCUGGGCGUUCGCCGCGGCUCUGCUCCCGCAGCUCGACCAGUGCGACCCCGAGGUGGCUUCCGUGGUCCGCCACAACCUCGACGCCGGGGCGAACGAGCCGAUGAAGUGCGGCUUUGCCACCGUCAAGACGGCCAUCGAAUCUUGCUACACCAAGCUGGGCGUGACCUGUGCCGACAUCGGUGCGUUCCAGAGCAGCGGCGUCGUCUACGCUGGCGCGGAAGCGUGCACCGCCAUCCCCGCGAAGCCGGCUUUGGCCACGUGCUCCGCCAAUUUCCCCGCCACCGCCGCGCCCAUCCCCGUGGCCGGUUGCGAGGCGCCCGCCUCGGACGACGCCACGGCGCCCGCGCUCGCGCUCGGCGCCGCGGCCGCGGCCGCGGGUGCGGCGCUCCUCCUUUGA